AUGACUAAAAAGUUCGGGAAUUCAUCCUUUAAUUGCAGAAACAAUUUCGGUGAUCAACUUCAUGUGAAACUGAGAAAUCGAUUAAUUGCAGGAAUUAACAUACUGGUCGAUGAAAAUAUUCUAAAUCGACUUCAUGGUUCUAAAAUGUUCUCGAAAGUUGACCUAAAAGAUGCUUAUCUUCAAAUUCCUUUAGAUCAAUCUUCAUCUAUCUUGAUGACAAUUAACACUCCUUUCGGUCUGUUCAAAUACAAUUUCCUUCCAUUUCGUCUAGGUUGUUCUCAAGCCAUAUUUCAGGAAGUUAUGAAUAAAGCAGUUGGUGAUCUUGAAGUUGUUGAAGUUUAUCAAGAUGAGCUCGUUGUUCAUGGUUCUAAUAAGGUAGUUCAUGACCAGAGACUUAUUGCUUUAUUACGUCGUUUAAUUGAGAAGAAUAUUACAGUGAAUCCAAAUAAGUGUUCAUCUUGUGUAUAUAGUUUUGAAUGUCUUGGAUACCUUGUUGAUGGUAAUGGUUUUAGACCAGAUAUGAAACGACUAGCUUCACUGACAAAUGCACCGUCUUCAAAAAAUCCUACGGAAUUACGUUCACUAGUGGGAGCUCUUCAAUACUAUUCCCGUUUUAUUCCUAAUUUUUCUUGUCGUGAAAAUUAUUUAUUUAAUAUUUUGACAUCCAAUUCAUUCAAAUUGAGUGAGGAACCAGAGUCAUGCUUGCGAAGUCUACUAAAUGCAUAUGACUAUGUGGUUCAGCACAGAAGUGCCAAACAAAUUCAACGGGUUGACUACAUUUCUCGACAGCCAUUACAAGAUAGACCUAUUAAUACUUCGGACUGUUUGUUAGCGCAACCUUUACCAGUGAGACGUUCAGAUCUCAUUAGAGAAACUCGCAGAUAUUUUGGAUGUAUACUCAGUGCUAUAUGGAAAGGCUGGACUGCUGGUUUAAAACGUAAAUUUUCAAUCUAUUUUUCAAAGCGGGAUGGGCUAUCUACUACUCCUGAUGGUAUUCUGUGUUUAAAUGAUCGUGUUGUAAUUCCUCCUUCAUUGCGUAAAUCUGUUCUUGAAGAUCUUCAUAGUUGUCAUUUAGGUGUUGAGAAAAUGAAGCCCUUGGCAAGGCUCACAUGUAGGUGGCCAGAGAUCAAUGCAGAUAUAUGUCAUACGGCAAACAAUUGUGAGAAAUGUCAUCAGUUGAAAAAUCAUCCUUCGAAGUGGGUGCCAUGGCUAGUAUCGUCUGAGGCCUGGCAGAGAAUUCAUGCUGACUAUUGUGGUCCGUUUCUUGUUAUUGAUUCUUUUUCAAAGUGGCCUGAAUUUUUUUUCACAACUUCACCAAAUUCUGAUUUCACAUUCCAAGCAUUAAGAAAGAUUAUUAGUCGAGAAGGGGUUCCUAUGGUGUUAAUGACCGAUAAUGGCUCCCAUUUUGCUGCAGAUGAAGUCACUACCUGGUUGAACGGUAUAGGGUGCAAACAUCUGUUUACUGCUCCCAGACACCGUGUUCUAAUGGUCAGGCAGAAAAUUUUGACAGGACAUUAA